AUGUCCUGCAUUUAUUCGAAUGCGAAGGGUGGAAGUAAACCUUUCCCGCCCUCUCUGCGAGAAGACCAAGAACGAAAAACGACUAACCCUUGGGUAACGACCGACAACGAGAAGAGAGAUAUAGAAAAGAAUAAGCGCCGCUUUGCCACUGCCACCUACUCGAAUCCGAACAACACCCCCUAUUCGCAAACACCAUGGAUAUCUUGGGCCUCACCGGCCCGGCUGAGCAAGUCGUCCGCCUCAUCGCAAGUCUCAUCGAACGACACAAGGCCUACAAGGAAAACAAAACGCUCUCUACGGAAGUGCUCACUGCCUACACUACCUUGCAGGCAGACAUCACGGAGCUUGAAAACAUGCCGAUCCAUGGAACGUCGUCGCAGCACACGCGCUUGCUCCAACGUGAAGUCGCGGACAUCUCAAGCUUCAUAUUGA